AUGGAGAGGUUGGAGGAUAGAACAAACAUUAUAAGUACUCAUGAAACAAAUUCAGAACAGGAGCUGAGUAUGGAUGAUGAAGAGGAAGAAAUGAUUUUCAUUGAAAAAGUAGCUCAUUCAUAUAAAGAUAAAUACGACGUACGUUACACAGAUAUAACGGAAAUCAAAGCACCAAUCGGCCUGUUAUAUUUAGCUGGUGUCCAUAAAGGAGGUCGAACCACUAUUUACGAAUUAUGGGCAACAAAUGGUACUGGUCUGGAGAUAUUCCCAGCAGUUAUGGCUAAAAGAAGAUUUCGCUUUUUGAUAAGAUGGUUACACUUUGAUGAUGUCGAUACACGUGAAGAGAGGAAAAAAACCGACAAUCUUGAACCUAUUAGGGAAUUGUUUGAGGAAGUAAAUGGAAAAUUCAGAAAUCAUUACUCGCCAGGAGAAUACGUCACGAUUGAUGAAAUGCUAUUAGCCUUCCGUGGCCGAUGUGCCUGCCGAAUGUACAUACCUAAUAAACCUGCAAGAUAUGGAAUAAAAAUAUUUUCGCUUGUAGAUGCUAGGAUGUAUUAUACGUUCAACAUGGAAGUGUAUACAGGAACCCAACCAGCUGGACCAUACAAAGUGAGCAAUAAAUCUCUUGAUGUUGUUGUCAGAAUGACAGAGCCCAUCCAUGAUAGCAAAAGAAACAUCACGAUGGAUAAUUGGUUUACCUCUAUCCCCUUAGCACAAUUACUAUUGACUGAUCAUAAAUUGACUCUUCUGGGAACUUUACGCAAGAAUAAAGUGGAAAUUCCACCAGAAUUUCUAACAGUGCGAAAACCUGCUAAAACUAGUAUGUUUGCUUUCACUAAAGACAUGACUUUAGUAUCUUAUAAACCGAAAAAAAAUAAAUCAGUUGUGUUUCUGUCUACUAUGCAUCAUGACGAUAAAAUCGACGAAAGUACUGGAGAUGAAAAUAAGCCAGAAAUGAUCACCCUGUAUAAUGUGACAAGAGAGGGGGUAGAUUGUGUGGAUCAAAUGGUGGCAUCAUACGAUGUAUCAAGAAAUACCAGGAGAUGGCCAAUGACAAUAUUUUAUUCCUUGCUCAACGUCAGUGCAAUAAAUUCGUUCAUCAUAUAUAGGACCAACAAUAAGGAUAUGGGUAUCACAAUAACAGGAAGGAGAAAAUACCUGAAACAACUAGGACUGAGUUUAGUUACGGAACAGCUAAAGAGAAGAACUAUUGACAAACAUAUAUCAAGAGAUGUAAGGCUGAAAGCUGCGAAGUUUAGUGGACAGAGUUUGGUUGAGCAAGCAGAUCCACUGCAAGGAACAUAUCGAAGAUGUGUCUUUUGCCGAAAUCGAAAAACAAGAUUUUUCUGUCACAUCUAUAAAAAAAUGAUUUGUAUGGAACAUUCCAAGCAUACAUGCCCAGACUGCGCUCAAAAUUAA